AUGAUAUUGCGGCAAACAGCAUGGCUAUUCGCCUUGCUCACGCUCCUCCUCUCAUGUCACCUCCCCUCGGUAGUGGCUUUCGACCAUGCCCGUCGGGUUCAAUUGAGAGAAGAAGUUCGAAAGCUGUUCGUCCAUGGGUAUCAGGGAUAUAUGAAGUAUGCUUAUCCUGCGGACAACCUCAAACCGAUCAGCUGUACUCCCCUUGGUCGAGAUCCAGACGCUACCAACUUUGGUAUCAACGAUAUUUCCCCCAACGCAUCUCUCACUCUCCUAGACGUUCUUUCCACUCUCCCUCUCAUUCAUCCUUCCGCAUUUCCCGAUGCUGUCCGACGGGUAGCCACGGAAAUCUCCUUCGAUCAGAAUGUCAAGGUACAGGUGUUCGAGAUGACCAUUCGAGCUCUUGGUGCUCUUCUCUCGACCCACCAAUUCCUAGAUUCCCUGCCAGAUGACCUUUCCCUCCAGGCGAAACGACUGGGAAUGAAAAGGAAGAGAGUAAACGUGAAGCAAUAUCAGGCCCGACUCCUGGACCUGGCUAUCGAUCUAGCCAAUAGGUUCAAACCGGCUUUCGAGACGCCCAGCGGAAUACCAUAUGCCAGGAUCAAUCUCAGACAUGGAAUGGAUAAAGGGGAAAGUGUAGAGACGUGCCUCGCAGGCGCAGGAAGCUUGAUACUGGAGUUUGGAGUUCUUUCCCGUCUUACAGGUGAUGAAACCUACGAGAAUCUGGCCAAAAGAGCGUUUUUGGCAUUGUGGAACAGAAGGUCGUCCAACAAUUUAUUGGGUAACACUAUUGGGGCUUCACAUGGUCACUGGCUAGCCCCUGGAUUGAGUGGUGUGGGAGCAGGGAUGGAUUCUUUCUUCGAAUAUUCCUUAAAGGCUUCCAUCUUAUUCGCCGAUGAUAGCUAUCUUGACGUUUUUCAAGAUGCCUAUGCCGCCGUACAGACAAACGUCAGGACUCCGGAUGGUUUUAUCUAUCGCCCCGUACAAAUGAAACUUCUUCAUACCGCAAAUCCUUCUACCAUCGAUUCCCUUUCAGCGUUCUUACCCGGCCUGCAAGUCCUUUCGGGGGACAUAGAAUCCGCCAUUCAAAACCAUAUGAUCUGGUGGAAUUUAUGGAGAAAAUACUCUGCUACUCCGGAAGUCUGGGCGUGGCAGGAGAGGAGGGUGGAAUGGGCUGGAUGGCCCCUUCGGCCAGAGUACAUCGAAUCGACUUAUUAUCUGUAUCAGGCGACCAAAGAUCCAUUUUAUCUCCGAGUAGGUGAGAGAGUCUUGAGGGACAUUGUUCGACGUGUGAAGACGAAAUGUGGAUUUGCCAUUUUGCGUAAUGUUGAAUCAGGAGAGUUGGAAGAUAGAAUGGAAAGUUUUAUGCUCUCUGAGACCCUCAAAUAUCUUUAUUUGCUAUUUGACCCCACUCCCCCACCUCGUCUGACAAACUCGGUAUUCACCACUGAAGGUCAUACCCUUUCUCUCCCUCAUGGACAGUUGAGAACCCCCUCAUUCGUACGACGAGCCAUGCAUCGGGGUGAGAACCAACAAUGUCCUGUGUAUCGUAAUCCUGAACUAGGUGGUUUGGUAGUGGGUAUCGAACGAAGGGCAGAUUACGACUAUGCUCGAUCUGUAGUAUAUGGUCCUGGACUUGAAGGGGUAUGGGCUGAAAAUGAAAGUGGUGUGAAAUGGUGGGAGGGUGGAUUUUGUGUUAUUCCCAAAGCACCCAAAUGGUCUUUCGAUCUAGUUCUCGCACCGAGUGAAUCUGGAAUAUUACCAACCACCUCUCAUUCCCCCCCUUCCAACAAGAUCCAUCGAGAUGACCAAACUGGUAAUUUUGUCAUUUCCGACAUUCAAGGUAUAAUCCUCACUGUCCGAUGGCGACUUGAUCGAACUGGAUAUGACGUCUCUUCAAUAGGUCCACAUCGUAUUCGACCCGGUCAAAAGGUUUACAUUUCAGAUCCUACAAUCUCACAUCAUGUUCCCAUCCCUCAAACACCUCUACCCUCACAUUUACCAGUAGAGCUUAUUUUACGUUUCUCGACGUAUUUGAAUUCUGCUACACCUGGAGAAACCAACAAUGUUUUUCUUCAUGCUAUAGGAUCAACAGCAACGUUCGGUAGAGCUUUUUCUUCAAACACAUAUGGAUGGGGAUUCAUUUCUGGUCCUGUACCUUUGAUCAGACCGGUCGAAAAUUCACAAGGUUGUUUACCUUUUGAUGAAACUUAUAUGGGAAUUUUAUUACUUGAUAGAGGUGAAUGUUCUUUCUUUUCAAAACUGCUUCAUGCUACCAGAGCUGGAGCAGCUGGAGUUGUUGUGGUUGGUUUUUCACAGGAAAUACAAGAAACUUUGGUUGGUGAAGGUCAAGGUUUGAUAAGACCUAGUGCGGAAGAAGAAUCUUUGAAAAUUUCAGAAGAAAUAGCUCAGAGUGGAAUGAUUUACGUUGAUCAUAAGAUUGGUCAAGGGGUUUUGAAAGAGAUGAAAGAUGGUGUUAAAGUAGCGGUCGAGUUACUUCAUAUGGAUCAACCGAUCCAAGUGACUGGACAUGAGGGUAAAGUUGAGGAUGAGGAUGGUUCAGUGUCAGAUCGACAGAAAGAGGAUAUAAGUAGAGGCAAGAUCUUUGUGGGUGAAUGGGCGGUACAUAAUAUACAUAUCAUCAAUAGCAACAUACCUUGAAUAUUAUCGUUUCAAGUGAUUGUUUAUCGUUGUGGAAUGAUCAUCAUCAUUAUCAUUAUAGCAUUAGCAUGCAAAGCAUUAUAUA